AUGUCGAUAUAGAUAGCUAAUUUACCUGAGUUUAGUUAUAAUUAGAUUCCAAAGAGAUCAUUAGAUUUAGAAAACUUCUUUAAGGAAUUUGAGAUGAGAUAAUUUUUAGAGGAAUGUAAUUACUCUGAAUAAGAAUUAUAUGUGGAAUGUCGAAAGAUGAGAUAAUUUCAAUAAAAAAGAAAAUUGAAACUAAACAAAUAUAUAAAUAGCUAUCUAGAAGGGCCAUCAAUAAUAAAUGCAGUUUAAUUAUUACUUUGA